CGUGGCCUGGCAACCAAGAAGAGGCUUUACCAAACAGACAGACCCCCCAACGAGCAAGCAUUCGAGCUACAAUCGCUAGCUAGCUGCCUACGUUUUCUGGAGACAUUCAACCGUCCAAAUACCAUCAUGUCUUCAAGAACUCUGCCUCUGCUAUUCAUCAACCUCGGCGGUGAAAUGCUGUACAUCCUGGACCAGCGGCUUCGUGCUCAGAAUAUCCCUGCUGACAAAGCCAAGAAAGCUGGCUGGAUAGAGGAUGACAGAAGGAGAGUUAUGAAUGACAUCAUCACCACCAUGUUCAACAAAAAGUUCCUAGAAGAGCUUUUCAAGCCACAGGAGCUUUACUCCAAAAAGGCCCUGCGGACUGUGUUCGACAGGCUGGCCCACGCCUCAAUAAUGAGACUCAAUCAAGCUAGCAUGGACAAGCUCUAUGACUUGAUGACCAUGGCUUUCAAGUACCAGGUGCUUCUCUGUCCUCGACCUAAGGACAUCCUACUCAUCUCCUUUAACCACAUGGAUGCAAUCAAAGACUUUGUGAAAGACACUCCCAGCAUUCUCAGCCAAGUUGAUGAAACGUACCAACAGCUCAUAGAGAUGUAUACAACCUUGUGUAGUGGGGAAUUCCAGCUGAUCAGACAAACUCUCCUUAUCUUCUUCCAAGACAUGCAUAUAAGAGUGUCUAUUUUCCUCAAGGAUAAAGUGCAGAACUCCAAUGGGCGCUUUGUGCUUCCCACCAGUGGUCCUGUGCCUUAUGGAACACAAGUCCCUGGCUUGAUAAGGAUGUUUAGCUGUACUGGUGAAGAGGUGACCAGGCUGCAGUUCAAUAAUGGAGGAAACUAUACCGCGGCUCUCCGGGAAGGAUCUUUCGAGAUUUUUAGAGACAGGGUCACCAAACUAGGCACAAACAUGUACAGUGUAAGCCGGCCAGUGGAAACGCACAUGUCAGGAACGUCUAAAAAUUCUGCUCAGCACACUAAGGUCAACACUGCUCCCAACCCUCUGGCCAAAGAGGAGCUUAAUCUGUUAGCCAAGUUAAUGGGAGGGCUAGAAGUUCCGAAAUCAGGAAAUGCAGACAACGGCUUCCGAGUCAACCUCUUCAAUACCGAUGAGGAGGAAGAAGAGGCAUUAAUAUCAAGACCAGGUGACCUUUCAUAUGGAGUUAUAAACAUCCAAGCAACAAAGGACCAGCAAGUCAAUGCAGAGCUGGCCAAGAUCAUGGGAGAGUUCACAGAGUCUGGAGAACAAUCUCCCAGCUCCAGCAGUAAAGGAGACGACCUUCUGGCCAUGAUGGACGGGGUUUUACUGUAGACCAGUCUUCUGUCUGUAGCUGCGUAUACACUGCAGCAACCUGACAUGCAGUCAGAAAACCUUCUUUUAAAAUGAAGAUGUGAGCAGGUUUUUCAAUUGGUUGUCAAAUGACCAACUGCACAUUUGCAUAGUUAACAACAAGGAAUGUGGUGAGCCAAGCUUUAAGCUGUAAUACACUGUAAUGGUAUGCUUGAACAAAGAGUUUCAGUGCAUCAAAAUAUACAGUGGGCAUACUGUAUAUUAGUGUAUGUGGUAAUAGCAAAACAUCUGUGUGUAUAAUGUCAUGAUGCAUUUUUAAAACCAGAGUCAGACUUCGCUGCUGUACACAAAAUACACAUUCCUUUAAUUUUACACUAUGUCAUUUAUCUUAAAUGUUAAUACAUCUCUGUUGUAGUUGAUUUGAUUGUUUAUAGUCCAUAAUUCCAUGUUACACAGUGCUCUGUUUUGAUGAACAAAUUGUGAUAUCAUGGGGGAAUUGCAGGAAACCCAAGUGCUCUUUCUAAUGUGAUUCAAAUUCCCUCAAAUCUUUAUUUUGGUAAGAAAUAUAUUUAUCUUGCAUCACACUGUACUACCUUUAAACAGUAUGAGAGCAACUUGUAAGACAUUUUUCACUACCCUGUGAUGUCUCUAGUGUUAAGCUAUGGCCCAGAAAUGUGCUCAUUUAUGAGUAUGUUAUUAUGAUGUAUAGAACAAUGCAAUAUAAGUAAUGUCUAAUAUGUAAAUAUGUUCAUUGCAUACUUUAUUUAUUUAAAUGUAUAAUGUUCUGUGUAUAGGAAGGUGCAUAUUGCUACAGUUGUUAAAUUGUUGAAUGUGCGAUGUAGGAUUUUUAAUAAAUAGAUGGAAAAAAAAUUGUAUCAUCGGUUUUGUUACUGAUGCAAUAGAGUGUUAAUAAUGGCAUGAGCCUUGUAACAGCUUGUUGUAGUUUCAAAGAUGUACAGUAGGGGGAGUUGUCUGAUCUUUUUUAACAACAUGUAGCCUACUGUACAUGGUGUGUCCAAACUGAUUACCACACAAUGCUACAGUGCAUUUUAGUAUGCAGUCAUGCUGUCUUUAAAAAGAAAAUGUGAUACAAAUGUGACGUUUUUCUCCAUUAA